AUGAAAGUGUUAAAAUUGAAUCUCUUAAUUCUAUUGAUUCACGUUUGUUGUGGCCAUAAAGAUGUGCUACCAACGUUUUUAUUGGAUCAUAGCAAUGUUUUAAAAGAUAUUGAUAUACCACCAAAUCCCUUCAGCACUAUGAGCUCUGCAAAGUUUGCUGACAUAAUACGGGAAACAAUCAAACGUACUGAAGGUAUAAUAAUUUUCGUUGAAGAACUCUUGAGUUUUGAGGAAAUCACCGCAAAAGAUAAAUUGGGAACUCCGUUUACUCAUUUACACAGAGGUUUGAUUGAAAGAAAAGUCAAAUUCUUUCCAGCUGUUUUUGAGCCGUAUAAAGUACUCGCUCAAAUCUUUCAUUCCCUGCAUUACAAUACUUUUCAUUUAGAUUCUGCGUAUAAUUUAUCACUCAAGAGCGCCAGCUAUAUCUACGUAUUUUUUAACAACUACGAAAACGAAACUAGGACUAUGGCUCUCAGGAGACACGAUACCAUCAUAAGAGAUGUUUACAUGAACAUGCAAGAGUUACAACGAGGGCCUAUUGUAGCAUUCUACACCGGCAAAAUCAAUCCGGCCGUUAUAGAGAAACCGCGCUUCAUAUCGAUAGAGCCAAUGCCUUCAGUCAAUAAUUUGGAUGUUACGGUUGUUUCUGAAGGCGCAAUGUUCCGAUUUUCCGGAGUGACUGUUGCGACUCCAACACGUCGAGCUACUUUUAACCAAAUGCCCGUUGUAGCCGAGGAAACGUGGAGCCGAAAUAAAUUAUCAACGAAAGUGGCAUAUACCGACUUUGAAUUAUUAUUUAAUUUCGAUUUGACGCGACAAGACGAGUGGGUACUUGAAAAUAUAGCUCUUUUAGAAGCAGGUGAAGAAGUCGGUCGGACUAACGUUUUUGCCAAAGCUCCGUGGAACUGGUCUUAUGCUUGUGGUGAACCUUUGCAGAUAGUAAACACACGUGACGGCAGCUCCAUAGCUAUACCGCGUUAUCGAAUUCAGCCUCUUGGACCAUCCAUAAUUCUUCGAAAUGGAUCUAGUAGCAAUGUAACUUUUGGACCGACAGUGAACUGCUGCCCUUACUUCAGUGUCCCAAUAUUAUCGUGCCUUGCUAUUUCUUUGUUGUGCUUAAUGUUUCUUGCGCAAGGCAUUACAGUUUUAUUUAACUGCGCAUCAAAUAGUAAAUUUGAUGACCCUCAUAAUCCACCAUUAGUGUACGAAACUCAGUAA